CGGCGCGGCAGCGGCGGCGUGCACUUUUGGUCUUCCUGCUUUGCCCUGGUCUCAUCCUGGGUUCUCAGUCCUGUCUCUGGAAAUAUGUCUGAGGGAGUGGAUCUGAUUGAUAUCUACGCCGACGAAGAGUUCAAUCAGGACUCUGAGUUCAGUAAUGCUGACCAGAUGGACCUAUAUGAUGAUGUGCUAGCAGCCAGCUCACAGCCCACUGAAAGCCGCACCAGUAGCUCAGAGGCGCCUCCAGAGAUCCGCCAGGAGCCAUCCCCCAAGCCCAACAAUAAAUCUCCUGCCAUCCUGUAUACUUACAGCGGACUGCGCAACAAGAGGGCUGCCGUCUAUGUGGGCAGCUUCUCAUGGUGGACGACCGACCAGCAGCUGAUUCAGACCAUCCGCUCGGUGGGUGUCUACGAUGUAGUGGAGCUGAAAUUUGCAGAGAACCGAGCCAAUGGCCAGUCCAAAGGGUAUGCAGAGGUGGUAGUCGCCUCUGAGAACUCGGUCCACAAGCUCCUGGAACUGCUUCCUGGCAAAGUCCUCAAUGGGGACAAGGUGGAGGUGAGGCUGGCAACACGGCAGAACCUGUCACAAUUUGAGGCACAGGCUCGCAAACGUGUGCCACCGAGGGCCCACUCCCGGGACUCCGUGGACUCGGUGGAUGGCCGUGCCACACCAACAGAGAAUGCCCUGCCACCCAUGCGUGUGGAGAAACCCCCAUCUGUCCUGCCUUUUUUCAACCGCCCCCCAGCUGCUCUGCCCCUCAUGGGGCUGCCUCCACCACCAAUGCCACCCCCUCCCCCCCUCUCCUCUGGGUUUGGCGUCCCCCCGCCUCCACCUGGCAUCCACUAUCAGCAUCUCAUGCCCCCACCACCUCGACUGCCCCCCCACUUGGCUGUGCCCCCACCAGGGGCUGUUCCCCCUGCCCUACACCUCAACCCUGCCUUCUUCCCCCCACCCAGUGCAGCCCUGGGUCCUCCACCAGAUACAUACAGCAAGGCCAUGGCCCCCUACAACCACAGCAGCCGAGAGCUCGGCCCACCACCUCCCGCCGUGAGCGAAGUGGAGUUUGAGGAGAUCAUGAACAGAAACCGGGCAAUUUCCAGCAGUGCCAUUUCUAAGGCAGUGUCUGGAGCCAGUGCAGGUGAUUACAGUGACGCCAUCGAGACCCUCCUUACAGCCAUCGCCGUUAUCAAGCAGUCACGUGUUGCAAAUGAUGAGCGGUGCCGUGUCCUCCUCUCUUCCCUCAAAGACUGUCUGCAUGGGAUUGAAGCCAAGUCUUACAGCACAGGCGCCAGCAGCAGCUCCUCCAGGAAAAGACACCGGUCUCGUGAACGCUCUCCCAGCCGGUCCCGCGAGAGCAGCCGUCGGCACCGGGAUCUACCCCACAGUGAGGAUCGGCAUGAGGACUAUUUCCAGGAGCGGAACCGAGAGCACGAUCGACAUCGGGACAGGGACAGAGAGCGGGACCGGCACCACUGAGACAGGAGUUUGGCAGUAAGUGGUUUUUAAUGGACUUGUAUCUCUUCACCUCGACCAGGACUACACAGCUGAGGCCGCUCAAACCCCACCCCUUCCUUGCCACCCCCAGCUCUCUCCAAGCACCCAAGGAAAGCCGUGCUGUGCCCCCAGUGGGACUCCCACUGACACCUUGGGGCCUGAGCCAUUGCCCACACUCACUGCUACUUCUGCUUCCUGGAGAGAGGCUGGAAACCAUGGAGCAAGGGAAUGCCUGGGCUACUGGGCCCAGCCACCACUCCAUUCCAUGGAUACUCAGACCCAAAGAGAAAUGGUGCUUUUUUUCCCCAUGGAGGGAGGUUUGUGAGCCCUUUCCUCCCUGUUGCCCUCCUGGAGUGGCUGGAAGGGGAUAGAUCCCCUUGUGUGUAUGUAGUGCGAGGGCAUGGGGGUGUGUAACUCCUGUCCCAAUGUCUGGGCUGUGCUCACUGGAAGCAGUAUGAGGUCUUCUGCUGUGCAUCAUCUUCUCACCAGUGCAGACUUCUGUCUUCAUUGCCCCAACAGUCCCAGUGUGGGUUGCUCCAGCCCAUAGGAUGCUGCUUUGUACUUGUGCUUUCACUUCUUUGUGGGAGAAAGCAGUGGCUGAUGCCCUCUGUGGCUCUGGUCCCUGCCACCUUCCUCCUUGCCCCCUGUGGUCUGUCUGGCUGCUCCAGGCAGCAUGCCUGGAGAAUCCUGUCCCCUGUGGGUGUGUGGAGCUGGACGGGGGGGGGGGGGUAGGGAGGUGGGGGGUGUUACUACCUCCCUUUGCCGUUCCUCCUCCCCUGAUGGCUCACAGUUGCUGGCUCACACAACAGCAGCUCUGGCUCCUGGGUGCCCAGCAGAUGCCUCCCUGCAAAGCCUUCCUUGUUUUAGAGGGAGUGGUGGAGGCAGAGCCCCAAAAAGCUGGCAGCAGGGCAGGCUGGAGUUGCCUGGCUGGCUGGCUGGCCUCGAGGGGCUGCAUGUCCCUCCUGGGUGGUAGCAGGUGCUGGCUGGGACUAUCCCUUUCCCUACUCCAUCCCUGCCUUCCCUUGCUACCCUCUGGUAACCAGGGUAAGGAAAACUCCACCUUGAUGCAGCAUGGCACCCCGUCUCUGCCCAAGAGUCGCAAGCUGGGCAGGAGGUAGCAGAGAGCCGUGUUCCUCUUGACAGGGGCAUUUGGGGGCUUGAUGGUGCUUGAGGGGGCUGUGCCAGGCAGUGUGCAGAGGGCAGAGAAACAGAACUACAGUUCUGAGCUGGGGCAGGAGCCUCCACAGUACAGCGCCCCUCGGGCAGCAGUGCUUAGGUGAUGGAGGCAGUGUGACCUCAGCAUGCAGUGUUUGUGCCAGCCUAACUCCUCUCCCACAUGGGGCUGUGCGCUGAGCUCCAGGACCUAUGGCAGUGGCUUUGGAGGAAGGUCUAAGAAGGUGAGAGUGAGCCAAGGACAGAGGGUGAGUUCCAGGGCAGGAUGCCCAGCCCCCAGGACUGUUGACUGUGGCAUCUCCCUCUGAAAUGUGGCUGGACAUGAAGAAACCUGGCUCUGGAGGUCUUUUUAGAGAGAAAUUAAAAAAAAAAACUACCAUGAGGCGCCAACUAAGGGUGAGUGCCAGGGGAGCAUACAGCAGAAGCGUUGUUUUUUACUUAAUGACACAAAUUUUUAGUUUCUUUCCAAAUAGUGGGGAAAAGUGCAGAGCAAACCCCAAUUAACCACCCAGUGAGGUGCUGCCCCUCCUGCUCACAGUGACUAGAUUUGUUUGUCUUUCUGAUAGGUUGGAAAUUGUGUAAUAAACUUGAUGACAUUGUCAAUCUUUUA